AUGUCUGAAAGCACAAGAACCACCCCUCCCAGCCAUGACAUGGACAGGAAGGGAAAAGACAGCCCCACCCCAUCCAACAACUCAUCCCCCGAUUCCAGCAGCCAGGGGGAAGAGUCCUCUGCGGAACCUUUCCGGAUCAUUGUGUUUGACCAAGAGAACUUCCAGGGCAAGCAGAUGGAGUUCACCAGUGCAUGUCUGAACCUGGGGGACCACGGAUUUGACCGGGUGCGCAGUGUCCUGGCAACCUCUGGACCCUGGGUGGCCUUUGAGCAGUGCAACCUGCGUGGCGAAAUGUUCAUUCUGGAGAAGGGCGAGUACCCCCGAUGGGACACCUGGUCCAGCAGCUGCCGCAGCGACUGCUUCCGCUCCCUGCGCCCCGUGAGAAUGGAGGCCCAAGAGCAGAAGAUCCUCCUCUUUGAAAGUGCCAACUUCAGGGGAAACAAGAUGGAGAUCCAGGAGGACGAUGUGCCAACUCUCUGGGCCCACGGUUUCUGUGGGCGUCUGGGCAGCGUGAAGGUGCCCAGUGGAAUCUGGGUGGGCUACCAGUACCCUGGCUAUCGGGGCUACCAGUAUCUCUUUGAGAGAGGAGACUUUGCACACUGGAACGAGUGGGCCGCCUCCCAGCCGCAGAUCCAGUCCAUCCGGCGCAUCCGUGACAUGCUGUGGGACCCCCAAGGCUGCUUCCUUCCAGCCGGGAGCCCCUCAAACUGA